AUAACGGGAAUUCCCAUGGCCCGGGCUCAGGCGUCCAACCUGCUGCCGCCGUGGCCCCGCCGAGCGGAGCUAGUGCCGCGCGCAGAGCACACGCUCGCGCUCCAGCUCCCCUCCUGCGCGGUUCAUGACUGUGUCCCCUGACCGCAGCCUCUGCGAGCCCCCACCGCAGGACCCCUGCCCUCUUCCCGCCGCCGCGAGGGCCCCAAGCGAAGGAAGGCGGGAAGGGAGGCGUGCUGUGCGCCCCGAGGAGCCCGCGAUCUCCGCUCGCUGCCGGCUGCCCGGCCCGGCUGGCACCAUGCUGCCCGCGCUCUGCGCCCGCCUGCUCACGCCCCACUUGCUGCUGGUGUUCGUGCAGCUGUCCCCGGCUCACAGCCACCGCACCACAGGCCCCAGGUUUCUAAUAAGUGACCGUGACCCUCAGUGCAACCUCCACUGCUCCAGGACUCAACAACCCAAACCCAUCUGUGCCUCUGAUGGCAGGUCCUAUGAGUCCAUGUGUGAGUACCAGCGAGCCAAGUGCCGAGACCCGACCCUGGGUGUGGUGCAUCGAGGCAGAUGCAAAGACGCUGGCCAGAGCAAGUGUCGCCAGGAGCGGACCCAAGCCCUGGAGCAAUCCAAGAGGCCUCAGGAAGCUGUGUUUGUCCCAGAGUGUAGCGAGGAUGGCACCUUUACCCAGGUGCAGUGCCAUACUUACACUGGGUACUGCUGGUGUGUCACCCCGGAUGGGAAGCCGAUCAGUGGUUCUUCUGUGCAGAAUAAAACUCCUGUAUGUUCAGGUUCAGUGACCGACAAGCCCUUGAGCCAGGGUAACUCAGGAAGGAAAGUCUCCUUUCGGUUCUUCUUAACCCUCAAUUCAGAUGACGGGUCUAAGCCGACGCCCACGAUGGAGACCCAGCCGGUGUUCGAUGGAGAUGAAAUCACAGCCCCAACUCUAUGGAUUAAGCACUUGGUGAUCAAGGACUCCAAAUUGAACAACACCAACAUAAGAAAUUCAGAGAAAGUCCACUCAUGUGACCAGGAGAGGCAGAGUGCCCUGGAAGAGGCUCAGCAGAAUCCCCGCGAGGGUAUUGUCAUCCCUGAGUGUGCCCCUGGGGGACUCUAUAAGCCAGUGCAGUGCCACCAGUCCACUGGCUAUUGCUGGUGUGUGCUGGUGGACACGGGGCGCCCGCUGCCUGGGACCUCCACACGCUACGUGAUGCCCAGUUGUGAGAGCGAUGCCAGGGCCAAGAGUACAGAGGCAGAUGACCCCUUCAAGGACAGGGAGCUACCAGGCUGUCCAGAAGGGAAGAAAAUGGAGUUUAUCACCAGCCUACUGGAUGCUCUCACCACUGACAUGGUUCAGGCCAUUAACUCAGCAGCACCCACUGGAGGUGGGAGGUUCUCAGAGCCAGACCCUAGCCACACCUUGGAGGAGCGAGUGGUGCAUUGGUAUUUCAGCCAGCUGGACAGCAAUAGCAGCAAUGACAUUAACAAGCGGGAGAUGAAGCCCUUCAAGCGCUAUGUGAAGAAGAAAGCCAAGCCCAAGAAAUGUGCCCGGCGUUUCACCGACUACUGUGACCUGAACAAGGACAAGGUCAUCUCACUGCCUGAGCUGAAGGGCUGCCUGGGCGUUAGCAAAGAAGGUGGUAGCCUUGGCAGUUUCCCCAGGGAAAAUGAGCAGGCACAAACCCAUUCAUAGGACGCCUUGUCUAAGGAGCAGAAAACCUAAAGGCAGGUGGAGAGUCCAGGAGACAGAAUGGACCACCAGACACCUAACCUUCAGCGUUGCCCAUGGCCCGGCCACAUCCCAUGUAACAUAAGUGGUGCCCACCAUGUUUGCACUUUUAAUAACUCUUAUUUGCGUGUUUUGUUUUUUGUUUCAUUUUAAAACACCAAUAUCUAAUACCACAGUGGGGAAAGUAAAGGGAAAGACUUUAUUCUCUCUCUUAUUGUAAGUUUUUGGAUCUGCUACUGACAACUUUUAGGGGGUUCUGUGGGGGUGGGGGAGGGUGUUGUUGAGGCUGAGAAGAGAUUUAUGUGCUGUAUAUAAAUAUAUAUGUAAAUUGUAUAGUUCUUUUGUACAGGCGUUGGCAUUGCUGUUUAUUUGUCUCCCUCUCCCUGCUGUGGCUGGAAGGCGCCCUGGACACAUAGUCCAGCUUUCUGAAACCCAGGACUCCAUCCGGGGCCUGCUAAACUUCUGUUUGGAGACUGACCCUUGUGUAUAAAGAGAGGGGAGUCCUGCAAUUGUACUGCGGACUCCAUGAGUUCUUUUCUAGUGGGAGGAUUGCAUCGCCGCAUACCAUUAGUUGUCAAAAUUGACAAGUCACUUGGCCCUUGGCCUGCGCAGUGAGGUCGGGCUGAGGAGAGAUGAAAGUGCCCUUGGAGAGGAAGGGAGUCCAGAUCUCAUGAAAGCCUCACAGGUACCAGCUCUCACAGGGUCCAUGUGUUCCUGCUCUCCAGACCCCCAGAGGACCCAGCGUUGGUGGUUGUACCAGUAUCUUAGUGACCCUCUGAGCAAAUUAUCCACAAAGGAUUUGCAUUACAUAACUCGAAACAUUUUCAUCCAUGCAUCUACUCUGUAUAAAGCAUGAGAGGGGAGGCAAAGAAGAGAAAGACACACAGCAGGGCCUUUUAAAAAGCAGGUGUUUAAUAUCUAAGCAGGGGAGAGGACAGGACAGAAAGCCUGCAUGAGGGGUGCAGCGCCAACGGGAACUUCACCUCCCUGCAAACCUACCAGUGAGGCUCCCAGAGACGCAGCUGUCUCAGCACUGGGGGCAGAACCAGGUGUGAUCUCUCCUCUCCUCCAUCUCCCGCUGUCCUGGUGGCCCUCACAGGCCGAGUGGGUGGGUUGGGGGUGGUGUCAGUCACCCUGUUGGUAACAUUAUAGUUGUUUCAUUGUUUUUUAUUUUAAACCCAAUACCGACAUUCUUCCUGUUCCCUCAAGUUUUCUUAUGGGUUUCCAGGCUUUAAGCUAAUUCCAGCAGUAAAACUGAUGUUGGGUUUCCUAUUCUGCCUCCCCCAGAAGGGCAGGAGUGAUAACCCAGCUACGGGGAAAUCCCCGCCCAGCUUUCCACAGGCAUCACAGGCAUCUUCCCAGGACUCCAGUGUGGGUUGCCCGGCCUUCGGGUUCGAGGCACAGCUUCCUCUGCCCAGGUGCUGUGCCCAUUCAAGUGGCCCUCAGACAGAGCAGCAAGUGGCCCUUAGUGCCUCUUCCCAUGAGCAGCUUUGGUGGCAGUGAGGGAGGUCAGGUAGCCCUGGACUGGUGCCCUUACCGGCUCACCCUUGCAAAUCUGGCCUCAUCUUGUAUUCCAUCCCUGCCAAGUGCCUCCACCUUGGCAGACUGUGUAUCCUCUUCCGGGUCUGGAAGGCAUUGGCACCAGAGGCACUGCCCCUGCGGGAGGAGCACAGCCUUUUCAGGACAUACUCUGAUGGAGUCUCAGGCUGGAGGAGGUCCCUGCUAUCCUGGAGAAAGUCCUAGAGGUUGUUUCAGGAAUGACAGGGGGCCCCGCCACGACGUGGCAAGGUGGAGAGGAAGCCUCCUCCUGUUAGCCCCAGUGAGAGAACUCAACGUGCUGGAGCUGGAUGGGCCUUGCAGGAAGACUCUGGCCUCACUUUCAGGCCUGGAGGAAGCAUGUGCACCUGGAGAUGGCGCCUGCCUAUAGAUGUUCGGGACCUACACGAUCUCCCAGGCUUCUUGUCUCCCACAGGAUCAUGUGUGUAGGCAAUGUUGUGUGGUUUUCCUUUGUGAAGGAGAGAGGGAGACUAUUUGUAGCUUGUUUUAUAAAAAAUAAAAAUGGGUAAAGCUUG